UAUGCUGUCCACGCAACGCGGUGAAAUGCGCUACGGGAGCCGUCAGGUACAGACACAACCCCUGGCAGCACAUAUUGUUACUAUAAUGUUGACUAGAAUUGAUAGGAAUAGACCCUAUAGGAAUAAAAGAAAGUCUUCCUCGGCCAUGGUGCUAUGUUCAGCUUUUACCGCGUUUCAAGGGUGGCUGCUCGGAAUCAGUUACUCUAUGGAUGUCAUGGAUAUAUUGCUAGUGCCACGCUUUAGGCAUUGAUAUCGCGUCACCGCACUCAAGGGAGAGCCGAAAUUGCGGUAAGACGUGUGUGCACAGUGUAGCAGGUUCAUCAAGCUAAACGUAAUUUAGCCGAUGGAGAGAGAUCAUACAUCAGCGAGUAUUUCUGCAACACUAUGCAGCUUGCCACUGAUGUGUGUAACAAGCUGGCAAGAAUAGCGAGGAAGAGGAGGACGGACCGCGUAGUUGAUAUGAAGCAGCACGCUAAAGGUCUUGAUGAAAUGGGAGGCGGCCGGGGCAAGGGAGUUCAACCGGCGGGGGAACGUAUCGCUAUUUAUCUCCGCAUCACUGGACUACGGGAACAGGGAGACUCGGUUCGUCCUUGUGUUGUUGAUGCCGUGGCGAGAGUGAAUGCAGGGCAGAUGUAUGGGAGUACAGGGCAAGGAAUGCCAGCAUGCGGUCACCCUCGCCCCGGCGCGAAGUCCGGUUCUCCAACGUCCCGCAACGAUCAAGGUGCUCGUGCAUCAAGAAGAGCUCUCAAGCGAUCUGCAGGUGCAUCGAACUAUUCUGGGAUCGAAAAGUAA